UCUAGUAAUUAAUUAUUUUGCUUUUUCUAUACAUGAACAACACACUCAGAGGGUGGUGAGGGGUGGUGCUUCAGCUGCAGGUGCCAGGAGAAGGCGAAGCUGCUGAAGCAACAUUUGAUGAAUCUUUUCACUGGCAUCAGAAAAUGGGUUGUGUCUCUUCCAAGACACUCGUGAAAUCCGGGAGCUUGCGCGAGAAGCUGAAUCAAAGCUUUCAAAAGAGGAAUGUUUUCGAAGAAGUCCUCACCUCAAACUCCAGGAGCAGUGGAGACCAAUUCCUUGCUCUUCUCCGCAACCAAAAUUCAGCAACUAAAAGCAUCAAAGCAACAACACCUUUCUCCGACAAACCCGAACCGGACCUCGACGAGAAAGCAGAUAAUUCUAUUGUAAAUAGUCCGCCGCUCGAGCCUUCGAAGAUCGAGACCAUCAAUACUUGGGAGUUGUUGGCCGGUUUAGAGGAAGAAAACUGCGAGGAAGAGCAAAAACAAGAACAAGAACAAGAACAAGAAACCAUGCAUAGCAAAGAUAGUAAUGCAGAAGUUGCUGGAAGAGCUCGAAGUUUCCGAACAGUCGAGGACUACGACGCAAUGGUGGCGGGAAGUGACUUACCAGAAGAAGCAAAGGAGAUUGAUUCUAGUUCCUAUGAACAAAUUGUGGAGAAAAAGGAGGAGAAGAAAAGUGAAACGAGUAGCGGUAAACAAAGUAAUGAGCUACAAGCUAAAGUAUCCAAGAGAAAAGCUAUGGCCAAAGAGCUUAGUGCUCUCAAAGUUACAACAUUUGAGUUUAACAAAAGUGGUAGUUUGAGAGAAUGGCUUCUACAAGGGGGGCAAGUGUUCUCUCCUGGUUCUUAUGUCACACCUAAGUUUGGCGAUUUUGUCGCGUCGGAAACAAAAAUUGGAGAUAUAGGGGAUGAUGAUCACACGAUUUUCGACCCUGAAUUGGUAGCUCAAUUUGAGCAAGCAAUGAAGCAACUAACCGUUGAGGAGGAGUUCAUCCUUAGAGAGAUUGAAGAGGUUUCUGAGGAAGGAGAUGGAGAAGAGAUUUCCAAGGUGGAAUUGCUACAUGAGCCCAUCAAAGUAGAUUUUCAAGGGGCUGUUAGUGUGUAAUAGCGUUGUAAUUACAAGUUUUUCUUCAACUACAAUUUUUUUUUUUUUUU